AUGGUACUCACUCGCACAAUGCGGAAGCAACUAGCAGCCACUCAGGCUGCAAACAUCGAGACGGCAGUCAGUAAUGAGACGUCGUUAACGCAUUCAAGGCGUUCGCAUAUUGCGCAAUCUGGAAGCGGCCCGCAGCCAAUGGCCAGAGAGGGCACCGCCGUCCAUAACAAUGCGGCUGAAGGCUCCGCCAACAUCUAUACCAAUGCCUUCAGCACCAGCAAACGCAGUGACGGCACACUUUCAGACAACAUUAUUACAGAGGAUCGGUCCUCCUCGACAGGAUCGACGUCCUCCAACACACAGACAGCGCAAGCUGCACAUGUCGUCGAAAAGAAACGUAAACGAAAUGGUAAGUCUCCCUCUUCAUUCCAUGUCAAAGUUCCUCAUUAA